AUGGACUCCGCAGAGUUUCGUGAGGCAGCUCGUACAGCCAUUGACGAGAUCACUGACUAUUACGACAAUGUCUCCUCUCAGCGCGUCGUACCCGACGUCAAGCCAGGCUAUCUCCGCCCUCUCCUCCCAUCAUCAGCCCCCCUCGAGGGCGAGUCCUGGAGAGAUAUCCACGCAGACAUCGAGUCCAAAAUCCUCCCCGGAAUAACUCACUGGGCCAACCCCCGAUUCAUGGCCUUUUUCCCUUGUUCCAGCAGCUAUCCUGCUGCCCUGGCUGAAAUGUACUCUAAUACCUUCAACGGCGCCCAUUUCAACUGGAUCUGCAGCCCAGCGGUCACAGAGCUGGAAACAAUCGUCAUGGAUUGGCUCGCCAAAGCUCUCGGUCUCCCGGAAUGCUAUCUGAGCGGCGGAAGUACCCAUGGCGGUGGUGUUAUUCACGGUAGUGCUAGCGAGGCUAUCCUCACUGUCAUGUGCGCUGCUCGCGAUAAGUAUCUCGCUGCUGUCACGAAGGACAUGGAUGAAGAUGCCGUCUGGAACGUACGUAGCAAACUCGUCGCGUUGGGAAGUUCUGGAUCUCACUCGAGUACCAAGAAAGCAGCUCAGAUCCUCGGUGUCCGCUUCAUCGCUAUUCCUGUCACUGAAGAGGACGGAUUCUCCAUGACUGGCCGUGCUGUCGCCAAGACGGUAGAUGAGUUGCGGGCUCGUGGGCUGGAGCCUUUUUACCUAACUGCUACGAUGGGCACGACUGAUGUCUGUGCAGUGGAUGACUUUGCCGGUAUCGUUGAGGCGCUGUCUCCUACCGCUGGAACAGAGAGGGAUAUCUGGGUCCACGUCGAUGCUGCGUAUGCAGGAUCUGCACUUCUUCUCGAGGAGAAUCAGCCGUUGACUACACCGAUGGCCGACUUUCACUCUUUCAACUUCAACCCGCAUAAGUGGAUGCUCACUACGUUUGAUUGCUCUGCUGUUUGGGUCCGAUCCCGAGCCUGGCUUAUCCAAUCUCUCAGCAUCAAGCCGCCGUACUUGCGUAACCAGUUUUCCGAUAAUGAACUGGUCACUGAUUAUCGCGAUUGGCAAAUCCCUCUUGGACGUCGCUUCCGCUCUCUGAAGCUAUGGUUCGUUCUUCGUAGCUUUGGCAUCCGAGGUUUGCAAGCGCACAUUCGAAAUGGAGUUACGCUUGGCGAAUCUCUUCAGAGCAAGCUGGCAAGUCGACCUGAUCUAUUCACCAUCUUCACCUCUGCGCGGUUUGGCCUGGUCACUUUCCGAGUCAAGGGGGCUGAUGAAGCGGAGAUCAACGCCCGAACGGAAGAGCUUUAUGAAUGGGUUAACAGAACUGGGGAGUUCUAUCUUACUAGCACGGUUGUCAAUGACAAGUUUGCGAUUCGUGUGUGUACAGGUGUUGAGAGGGUUCGAGAGGAGCAUGUACAGAGGAUCUUUGAUGUUUUGGUAGAAAGAACGGAGGCAGACCUGGGUAAAGCCACGAAGCAGUGA